CCCCCUCUACUAAGAUGGCGUCAGCAUUGUCAGGCGACGCCCUAGCUUCUAGUUUCCAUCUACCGCCUUCUUCUGGUCAGGUGAUCUUGGAGGCGGAGUCAUGUGACUAACAUAAUGGCCAGUACCUAACCCGCUCCGUUAUUGCGGGCUUUAUCCUGGUGAGAGAUGGUGGCUUGCAAGAUGUGGACUAGCCUGCGAGCGGCGGAGGGGCGAUUAUUUCUACUGCUGCUGCUGGGGCUGCUUCCGCGGCCUCACAACCCCGCGUGGGUGUCCGACUUUCGGCCCUCUCUCCAACGCGUGCUGCACCGGGACCCCAGCCACUCGCACUACGUCCUGGAUGAUGUCCCUGGGCUCGGUCGGGUGUUUGACGGCAUCGGCGGGCUGAGCGGCGGCGGGGCAACCUCCAGACUUCUGGUCAAUUACCCUGAGCCAUAUCGUUCUGAAAUAUUGGAUUAUUUAUUUAAGCCAGACUUUGGUGCCUCUUUGCAUAUUCUGAAAGUAGAAAUAGGUGGUGAUGGACAAACAACAGAUGGCACUGAGCCCUCUCAUAUGCACUAUGCAGAUGACAAGAACUAUUUCCGGGGUUAUGAAUGGUGGCUAAUGAAGGAAGCUAAGAAGAGGAAUCCCAAUAUUAAACUUGUUGGGUUACCAUGGUCAUUUCCUGGUUGGAUAGGUGAUGGUCAAAACUGGCCCUAUGUCAUACCUCAGAUUACUGCUUUAUAUGUUGUGAGUUGGAUAUUGGGUGCUAAACAAUAUCAUGAUUUGGAUAUCGAUUACAUUGGGAUUUGGAAUGAGAGAGCCUUUGACAGUGAAUAUGUAAAGAUUUUAAGAAAAAUACUUUAUCAGUACGGCCUGGACAGAGUGAAGAUCAUAGCCAGCGAUUACCUCUGGCAACCCAUUUCCUUUGCUAUGUUACAUGAUAGUGAACUCAUGGAAGCCAUCGAUGUUAUCGGGGCUCAUUAUCCUGGAACUCAUACUAUACCUGCAGCCCUGGCGACCAACAAAAUACUCUGGUCUUCGGAAGAUUAUAGCACUUUCAAUAAUGAAGUGGGUGGAGGCUGCUGGGCCCGCAUCUUGAAUCAGAAUUAUGUGAAUGGCAACAUGACUGCCACAAUCGCUUGGAACUUGGUGGCUAGUUACUAUCAGCAACUACCUUUUGGAAGAGAUGGAUUGAUGACUGCUCAGGAGCCCUGGAGUGGGCAUUAUGUUGUAGAGAGUCCUAUCUGGAUUUCAGCUCAUACCACUCAGUUUGCUCAGCCAGGGUGGCAAUACCUGAAAACAGUUGGCCAUUUCCUUAAAGGUGGAAGCUAUGUAGCUCUUACUGAUGGCUUAGGUAACCUCACUGUUAUCAUAGAAACCAUGACUCAUGAGCAUUCAAAAUGCAUAAGGCCGCCUCUUCCUUUCUUUGAAGUGUCUGAACAAACUGCAAGUUUCACUCUUAAGGGAUCCUUUAAAGAAUUAAGAACGCUCCAGUUAUGGUAUUCCAAACUCGGGAGCAAAGCUGGGAAUACCUCUGUCUUAUUCAAACAGCUACCUCCUCUAAAGAUUGCUAAUGGCACAGUCACAUUAAAGUUAGGUGUGGAUGAAGUAUAUACUUUAACAACUAUCACUGCAGGUCAGAAGGGCAGUUAUCCUAUUCCUCCAGUAUCACAACCAUUUCCAACUAGCUAUAAAGAUGAUUUCAAUAUUCGUAAUCCACCUUUUAGUGAAGCUCCAAAUUUUGCUGAUCAGACAGGAGUAUUUGAAUACUUCACCAAUGUCGAACACAUGGGGGACCAUGCCUUUACCUUACGCCAAGUGGUCACUACGCGACCUAUCACUUGGGCCUUUGAUGCAGAUCAGACGAUCAGUAUAAUAGGAGAUUAUAACUGGAAGAAUCUUGUAAUAAGUUGUGAUGUCUACAUAGAGGUGCUAUCUGUUGGUGGUGUGUUCAUUGCUGGAAGAGUUAAUAAGGGCGGGGCAGUCAUUCGAAGUGCCUUUGGAAUUUUCUUCUGGAUUUUUGCAGAUGGGACUUACCAAGUUACAAAUGAUCUUGCUCGAUCGUUUGUAAUAAAGAAAGGAUUUGCUAAUGUCAAGGCUAGAAAAUGGUACACCCUCACUCUGAAUAUAAAAGGCUCUUCUGUGGAUGUUAUACUAGAUAAUUGGCUUCUCUGGAAAGGUAAUCUGCCCUCAUAUCCGCAGAAUGGUUGGGCAGCAAUUGGAACACGUACCUUUGAGUUUGCACAGUUUGACAACUUUCAUGUAGAGGCUAUAGAUUAGAAUUCUUGAAACUCUCAGAUAAUGACUCCUCUCUCCUCCACACUUCUUUUGAGUUUGGAAUCAAAGUCAGUUCCUUGAGGAUUUUUGAGGCCAAAAACAUUGAAGGAAUUUGUUUUUCAUACUUGAUACUACUGUAUAUUUUAUUUACUUUUUUCUUAUAGUUAUUCUAAUUUUAAACAUCACAUCAUAGAUUAUGUAUUACUUCCUUUUCUUAACAAUUUUGCCAUUGAGAUCUCACAAUGAUUGUAUUCUGAUAUUGAGGGAAUUGGAUCCUUUUAUCUGGUUUGUAAUUAGUUAUGUGGUUUGUGUACUGAAAGAUUUCUCCAUGUUGUGUAACACUAAUAAACAUAACUUUAAAGACUUAUUUAUUAUUGUUUGACAUACAUACAUGUGUCACAUACCAUGAUGAAAUAAAUACUUUUUUCACCUUCAAAGAAUCUUUUGUCUCCACCAAAUAGUCUCAUGCAAUGCCCAGGGGAGCUUCAAGGGCAGUGUUUUAUGGAUUACCAUGGUGUUUCAUCCUUACAUUCUGAAUGGACCUUUAAAAAAUGGUGAUGUAAACAAAUACACAACUGUUUCUAAAAUGCCUUAUUAGUAAGCUACUUCCCAAACUUUCUUCAGUCAAUAAUAGAAAAAUGAAUAGAUAAUUUGGGACCUUGAUGAUGUAAUAUUGCUCUUAAUUACCUUUUUUUAAAAAGUUACUUUCCUCACUGUUGGUGUAGCCAAUAUUUUUGCUUGUGGAAAGAGGGGGAGAAUUAUGUCUUGGCCUAUCACACAAAAUGAAAUUGUUGAAUGACUUUUUGAGUCAUUACACCAGUUGAAAUUUAACAACUCUUUAAUACAUUGAUCAGUUUAUAUUUGAAGAGUGCUGCAUAUGCUUUUUAUAUGAUAUAAUUUGCUUCUAAAAAUUGGCACUCUUUUUAGGAACAUCUCAGUUACUCAUGUGGAAUAUAUUUCUUAUAUUCCAGAAGAAAAAAUAAAAGUAGGUUCUAGGAGAGGUUACAUGUGUCAUCUCAACUACAAAAUGAAGAGUUCCAGGGAUGGGGGCACCUGUAGCCUCUAGGCCACAUGUGACCCUCUAGAUCCUCAAGUGUGGCCUUUU